CGCUUCUCUCACGACUUAGGAAUUGGAUUCCGUUGGAAAGCCCUCGUUCAGCAUGCGGCGGACCGCUUCGUCUCUCCUUCUCAAAUCCCUCUCCGCCUUCUCCACCGAAACCCUCAACCGACGACCGAUUCCCCUCCUGCUCCCUUUACCUUCGGCCGUCCCAGUUAGAUGGCGCCCGCUUCUUUCGAAUCAAGGCCGUCUCGGCUUCUCCACCGGCGGGGCGGCGGUCGAUUACCUCAAGGAAGUGGACGAGAUAAACUUAAAGUUCGCGGAGGCCAGGGAGGAGAUCGAAUCCGCUAUGGAGUCGAAGGAGACGAUUUACUUCGACGAGGAGGCGGAGUGCGCUCGCGAGGCGGUAAAGACGGUGCUGGACAUGUUCGAGGGGCUUCUGGGUAGGCUGCCAGAGAAAGACCAGACGGCGCUGAAAAGGUCGAUGGGCCUUAAGAUCGAGCAGCUGAAGGCGGAGUUCAAACAGCUGGAUGAUGAAUGAUUCUAGAGUGGAUCAGGUUUGUGUUAUCGUUGUUGUACUCUUGUGCAUUACUGAGGGGGAUGGUGGUUUUGAAAGGAUAAAUGUGUAAGCCUUUCUGUGUUCUAGCUGAAUUCUGAACAAUUUGCAUUUG